GAGGUGGCAAAGGGGAGGGCUCUUCCGGUGUCAUGGCGCCAAAGUUCCUGCCCCUAGCACAUUACGAAGAGUUCAGGAGCUGAAUGGACUUUUUUCUGUGACCUCCAAAGCUACAACCUGUAUAGCAGAGAGUCUAGGAGAGCCUCAAACUGCUCAAUGGAAUCAGUGACCUUUGAAGAUGUGAUUGUGAACUUCACCAGUGAGGAGUGGACUUUGCUGAGUGCAUCCCAAAAGCAGCUCUACAGAGAUGUGAUGGGGGAAACUUUUCAGAACAUUGUGACUAUAGGAAGACUCUUGGGUAACCAGAAAGUGGAAGAAGAGUGCAGUAACUACUGUAGAAAUCUAAGAAAUGAAGAUGUUGAGAAAUACUAUCAAUAUAAGGGUUGGAAUCAGCAUAAAGAAUGCUUCCUCUGCUCUCAAGAUGCUAAUGUGCAUAUGAAACCAUGUGGUUUAACGUCACCUGAAAGCCUUACUUGUAGAAAGCUUCUGAUUGGGCCUUUUUCACUAAACAUGCCCAUCAUAAGUCACACUGCAGUAAAGACAGAUGAGUAUUGUGAACUCAAAGGGAAGCUGUUUAAAUGUAAUGAAAGUAGAAAACACUGUGAUGAUUUGCAGUCCUUUCAGAAUCCUGCAAGGACAGAAGCUGGCAAGAAACCACGUGAACAUGAUCAGUGUGAGAAAUCCUCCUCUGGUCUUAGUGAAAGAACUCAUCUUAGCGACAAGAUAUUUGCAUGUCCAAAAAUUACGAAUGCCUCCAGGAAGGCCAGUGAUGUUCAGAUCUAUCAGACAAAUCACAGGUGGGGUAUAUCCUCUGCAUGGAAGCAAUGUGGGAAAGCUUUCAGCACACAGUAUCAUUAUAAACUACAUGAAAGCUCUCAAACUGGUUUGAAACCUUACAUAUGUAAGCAAUGUGGGAAAGCUUUCAGUAUAAAGAGCAAUUGUAAAAGACAUGAAAUAACUCACACUGGUGAGAGACCUUAUGUAUGUAUGCAGUGUGGAAAAGGUUUCAUCAGACAGAGUCAUUACAAACUACAUGAAAAAACUCACACUGGAGAGAAACCUUAUUUAUGUAAGCAAUGUGGAAAAGCUUUCAGUACACAGUGGUAUUGUAAACUACAUGAAAGAUCUCAUACUGGUGAGAAAGAUUAUGUAUGUAAGCAAUGUGGAAAAACUUUCAGUACAAAGUCAAAUUGUAAAGCACAUGAAAGGACUCACCCUGUUGAGAAAGUUUAUGUAUGUAAGUACUGUGGGAAAACUUUCAGUAUGCAGAGGAAUUGUAAAAUACAUGAAAGAACUCACACUGGAGAGAAACCUUAUGUAUGUAAGAAAUGUGGGAAAGCUUUCACUACAAAGGCAAAUUAUAAAGUACAUGACAGAUGUCACACUGGUGAGAAACCUUAUGUAUGUAUGCAAUGUGGAGAAGCUUUUAGGACACACAGGAGUUAUAAAAGACAUGAAAGAUCUCACACUGGUGAGAAACCAUAUGCAUGUAAGCAAUGUGGAAAAGGUUUCAGUACACUGUGGUACUGUAAACUACAUGAAAGAUCUCACACUGAAAAGAAACCUUAUGUAUGUAAGCAAUGUGGAAAAGCUUUCAGUACACAGGCGUAUUGUAAACUACAUGAAACAUCUCACACUGGAGAGAAACCUUAUGUGUGUAAGCAAUGUGGGAAAACAUUCACUACAAAGUCAAAUUGUAAAGCACAUGACAGACGUCACAGUGUUGAGAAACCUUACGUAUGUAAGCAAUGUGGGAAAGCUUUCAGUACACAGGGGUGUUGUAAACUACAUGAAGCAUCUCACACUGGAGAGAAACCUUAUGUAUGUAAGCAAUGUGGGAAAGCUUUCAGUAGACAGAAGUAUUGUAAAAGACAUGAAAGAACUCACACCGGUGAGAAACCUUAUGUAUGUAAGCAAUGUGGGAAAGCUUUCACUACACAGGGGUAUUGUAAACUACAUGAAACAUCUCACACUGGAGAAAAACCUUACGUAUGUAAUCAAUGUGGGAAAGCUUUCAGUAGGCAGAGCUAUUGUAAAAGGCAUGAAAGAACUCACACUGGUGAUAAACCUUAUAUACGUAAGCAUUGAGGGAAAGCAUUCAAACACAGGAGUACUGUAAACUACAUGAAAGAUCUCUCACUGGGAGAAAGCUGAUAUAUGUAGCAAUGUGGAAAAAUUUUCAGCGCACAGAAUUAUUGUAAACUUCAUGGAAGAUCUCACACUAGAGAGAAACCUUAUGUAUGUAAGCGAUGUGGGAAAGCUUUCAGUACACAGAAAUUGUAAACUACAUGAAAGAUCUCAUACUCAUGAGAAAGAUUAUGUAUGUAAGUAGUGUGGAAACCAUUGAUCACACAUAAUUAUUAAUAUUAAAGAAUUCAUACUGCAGAGAAACCCUUUGUAUGUAAGGAAUGUGGGGAAGGUUUCAGUAGAAACAGUCAUUGUCAGAGACAUGAAAAAGCUCAAAAUGGAAAGAAACUACACAUGUGUGCAAGUUUUUAAGUUUCGGUACAUAUAAUUAUUGUCAAAUAAAUGAAAGAAGCCACAGUGUAAAAACCCUAUAUAUGCAAGCAAUGUAAAGAUAUUUUGUAAAUCUUCAUUAAACAGAUGUUAAAGCUCAUUAAGGAGAAACCCUAUGUCCAUAAACCAUCUGGAAAAAGAUUCAGUGCACACAGUCCAUUACUAUAUAUAUUUUAUAUCAAAUCAAACAGGAUCACUAGGAAGAAACUAUAUAUGUAAGUCUAUUUUAAAAACCCUGUUAAGAUGUUUCAGUUGGUGAAAUUCUGCAGAAAUAAUACACAGUAUUUUAUGUCAGUGUUUCCUUAGAUAUGUUCUAAAUAAAUCCCAGAUGAAUAUAUGACAAAAUAUGUACAUUAUGUGGUUUAUAAUGUAUCACAUAUGUAGAUUAUUAAUGUGCAGUGUUUAAAAAUAUUGAGUUGCCACAAUGAGGAAUUUUUAUCUCAGUGUCUGUGCUUAAUCCACAAUGUCUUAAUUAAGCGUGGUUGAUCAAACUGUAUUUUUGACUUUCAAGUACCAUUAGGAUUUGUGCUAUUUUUAUUUUAUCCUUAAGUUUGGGAAGAAUAGACCAUUAAAUAUCUUGCUUUUGUAAUUUUUGCUAUUAGAAUUUUGCACUAUUUUGCUUUUCAAUUACUGUGUGGGUUUUCUAUAUUCAGUGUAACAAAGGAUAUUUUUAACUUGAUGCUAUAUUUUCUAUUGAUAUCUAUUUUCAAAGACUUGUCAACAUGAGUUUUUGACACAGUUGAAUUGUGUUCACAAAGCUUGUAGAUUAGCAAAUUUUGUUUUUCAUGUGACAUGACAAGAUUCCUGCUUGUAUACCAACAGCACUGUAUAUUACAUCAUACACAUAUAUUGCGUACUUUUAUUUCAAUGCAUUGAUUUCCAUAGGUUUUUUUUGUGUGUGUGUGUGUGUGUGUGUGUGUGUGUGUGUGUGUGUGUAAAAUGUUUAUGUUUACAUUGCAAUGGCUUAAUUUUCUUCACUGGUAGUUUUUUAAACAUAGAUACCAAACAUAAACCAUACUGCUCACUAUUUUUCAUUGCCAGAACCCCACUGUUGUAGAAUUCAAGAUAUCAGACCUAAGGGAUUGGACUGGAAACUGGCUGGGGCAAUCAAUGGCAUGGAAACAAUCAGAGCAAUUUAUAACAGCCUUGAAAGAAGACAAAACUUAUAAAUCCUGUAAGAACAAGAUGACAGAAAUUCUUCACAGUACAUAGUUGUAAAUCUUACCUCUAGCAGAACAGCAACAAAUAGCUACAGGGGAAGAGGGGGAACUUUAGCAAGAUUCAUCUCAAUGUCCAAUUUCACCACAUGACCAUAACUUGUCUUUAUAGGAAAUCAUUAUUUACAGUAAUCUUUCCAGGAUAUGUAUAUUAUGAUAUAUCAACCAUAAUAACACUUUGAAUGGAAUGCUCAUCAUCUGUGAAACUUUUUCAGGAGCAUGGUCACUACCAAGUAUUAUGAGAUUAAUGCCUUUAUUCUAUUGCCUAGUGCACUGAUGCCAAAAUAUUUUUGGUAAUUAUUGUUUGUACAUAGGAAGCUAAAAUACUGGCAUGAAGAAAAAUCAUUAAAAGCAGAAGUGUGUGAAGUUUUUAUUUAUCAUGUGUUCUUAACCAUUUUAGGAUACAUUUCUAUGAUGAUAUUUUUCAUCGAUUGUUAAGGUCAAUCAUUUAGUUUUUUUUAUUUUUAAAGAGGGUAAAAUUAAACAACAAAACAUCACAAAGUAAGAAUGUAAGAGACACAGAUCCCAAAGCAGGACAAUUGGAGAUCUUCACUUUCUAUAAUAUUAUCUCUUAUUUUCUUCCAAAUAUUUGUCCAGAUUUUCACAUAGAAUGAAUUCAUACAAAACAAAAUAGUAUAGAACUGAUCAGAACCCGAUAAUGAAUGUAUUUUAGGUCUUCAAGACCAAAAAAUAAGGAAGUCAACAAUGGCUACCAUAAUGUCUCUCAUUCUUUUCAAAAUAGAUGUCCAUACUUUCAUGUAUGUUGAAAUUAAAUGAAACAAAACAAUAAAAUCAGUCUGACCAAAGGGUAAUAGUAUUGCUGGAUUUCACAUUAUGAUGCUAUGGAAUCAGCACUGGGUAUCUAAGUGGCUCUUUAAAGUAGCUGUUCAUUUCAUCAUGCAUUCUAUUAUCGAUUUUCAUCAGCUUUUUAGAAGUUAUAUGCAUGCAUGAUAUACACAUACCUCUCUUCUCUGUAUACAGGGGAAAGCAAAACAAACCCAUACACUACAAAACAAAUUCACACAAUUUGAACUGUGAAUGAAAUGAAAAACACAUAUAAACAAUAGCAAAAACCCAGAACACUGACAAGUAUAGGCUUUAAAAACAAGGUGUUAUGGGCAAAACUAGGGUUUUUAUUUUACAUGAUGAUCUUCAAGAGUUCCUCAGAUAGCUAUACAAUAAUAUGUACAAAUCUCCAAUUCCUAUGAAUGUUAACUAUUUUGUUCCAGGAACUUACAGUGUUUGCAGUGCAAUCAUGUAAGCUAUCCUAAGUGUGUUUCCUUUUGCUUUUUCCUCAUUUUCCCGGAGAUAAUAUUUUCCCCUUUAAGCAUAUCCUUUUCAUUUCAUUGUAAUCAUUCCAGUUUUUGUAUUUUAUGUACUAUUACUAUUUUUAUACUAGGGAGACUAAGUUAUUUAGAUCUGUGAUUUUGAUUUAUUUCACUUAGGAGUAUGGUCUCUACUUGCAUCCAUUUACUUAUGAACUUUUCAAUGUUAUCAUUCUUUAUAGCAUAGUAGUACUCCAUUUUGUAAAAAUAUCACAUCAUUAAUCCAUUCUUCGGUUGAUGGUCAUUUAGAUGGUUUCCAAGAUGUGGCUAUUACAAAUUGUGUUGCUAUAAACUUGGAUGCACAUAUACAAUUGUGGUAUAAUGUUGUCAGUUGUUCUGGGAAUAAGUCCAGAAGUAGGAGAGCUGGGUCAAAUGGGACUUCCUAACCCAACUUUUUGAGGAACCUCCAAACUGACCUGCAAAGUAAUUGUACCACAUUACACUCCCAAAAAAUAGUGCAGAAGAAUUCCUUUUUACACUCAACGUCUCCAGCAUUUUUGUUGGUAGUUUUCUUAAUCUUUCUUAAUUUUGGGAGAAUGGCCAUCUUCACAAUGUUUGUUCUUCCUAUCCAUGAGCAAGGGAUGUCUUUCCAUUUUCUGAGAUCAUCCUCACUUUCCUUUUUCAGUGUAUUAUAAUUUUCACUGUAUAAGUCUUUCACUCCUUUUGUAAGAGUAAUUCCUAAAUAUUUCAUUUUUUUGCUUGCUAAUGUGAAUAGUCCAGUUUCUCUUAUUUCCCUCUCUGUGAUUUUGUUGUUCGUGUAUAGGAAUGCUAUUGAUUUCUGAGUAUUGAUUUUGUAUCCAGCCACAUUACUGAAUUUAUUUAUUGUAUCUAAGAGUCUUUCAAUGGAGUUUAGGGGGUCUUCUAUGUAGAGUAUCAUGUCAUCUGGAAACAAUGAUAAUUUAACUUCUUCUUUUCCUAUCUUUACCCCUUUUAUUUCUCUUUCUUGCCUAAUUGCUCUGGCUAGUACUUCCAGUACAGAAUGGCUACUCCUGCCUUUUUUUGGAUUCCUGCUGCAUGAAAAAUUGUUUUCCAUCCUUUGACUUUCAGUCUGUGAGUAUCCUUCUGGGUUAGAUGGGUUUCCUAUAAACAGCAUAUGGUUGGAUUUUGUUUCUUGAUCCAUUCUGCUAGUCUGUUUCUUUUGAUUGGUGCAUUGAGACCAUUUACAUUAAUGGUUAUUACUGUUAAAUGCUGGUUUAUUGUUGACAUGUUAUCUCUGCUGUUGCAUCUUUAUCUUUCUGUUCUGUUUAAUUAUUUGCUUUGCUUAGUGGUUUUUUCCUUUGUGUAUCUAAACUGUCAAUAUUUUUUGCAGGGUUGGUUUGGUGUUCAUGAAGUUCUUCAGCUGUUCUUUGUCAUCGAAGUAUCGUAUUUCACCAUCAAUUUUGAAUGAUACUUUUUCAGGAUACAUCAGUCUAGGUUGGAAAUCAUUUUGCUUUAGGAUCUAGAAUACUUCACUCCAUGCUCUUCUUGACUUUAUUGUUUGUGCUGAGAAGUCUGCUGUGAUUCUGAUAGGUUUUCCUUUAUAAGUUAUCUGUCUUUUCUCUCUGACAGCUUUUGAUAAUCUAUUCUUGUGUUGGAUUUCUGGGAUGGUGAUUAUUAUAUGUCUGGGUGUAGUUUUAUUUUGGUUAUGACUAUUUGGAGUUAUAUAUGCUUCACUGAUCCUGAUGUCAGUUUCUGAUCUCAUGCUUGGGAAAUUUUCAGCUAUUACUGCUCUAAAUAUCCCCUUGACAUGCUUAAUGUUGUCUCCUUUUUAAUUAAUACCUAUCAUUCUUAUGUUAUUCUUCUUUGCAUUGUCUUGCAGUUGUUGAAUUGUUGUUUCCUGAUUCCUUAUUAUUUUUAAAAGAUCUUUCCUUUUUGUUCACUAGCUGCAAUCCUGUCUUCAAGGUCUGAAAUUCUAUCUUCAUUUUCAUUAAGGUGGUUUUUACAACUUUCAGUGGAGUUUUUUAUUUCCUGUAUACCUCUGUGCAUCUGCAUUAUGUAUUCUGCUUGUUUCCUAUAUUGCUCGUAUAGGGAUUCUAUCUUUUUGUUUAGUUCCUCCAAUUUUUUUUAUCUGUGUUUUCUUUAGAUAUAUUCAGAAUGUCUUUCAUUUCUUUUAUCAUUUUUUUCUUUUAUCUGGGAGAUUAUUUCGAGUUUGAAUUUCUUUAAAGCUUCCUGGAGUUGCUUGUCAAUUUCAGUAGCUAUUGUGUCCGAUAUAUGAGGUGGAUGGGAUAUAUUUUCUUCUAUAUACAUUGCUCCUAGGGUUUCUUGAGAUGGGCUGGAGGUUUGAGGUUGUAAUUUGGUCUUUCGUUUUGUCAUUUUCCUAUAUUUCUGUGUUUCAAGUGUUAUUUGAAAGCUUCUUCAGGAUCUGCUGAAAAUCCCCUUCUAUGUUUGCAGCUACUGAAACUCUGGCACCACGCUACCCCAAGCCAUUGGGCCUGCAGAAUCAAUGGCCCUCCUCUGCCUGCUCAGAACUCCGCAGUUCCAGAGAAGCUGGGCCUCAGGGACACUGUGCGCCCACCUGCCCCUUGGAAGCUCCACAGUUCUUCAAUCACAGCUGGGUUAGGGUACUCACCACAGGCCGCAGUGCCUCAGGAACCUGUGAUCCCUCCCUGCUUGCAGAGAUAUCCACAGUCCUCCAGACACAUGGAGAGGCCGAUGCAGGCACCCCAGAUCCGCACAGCUCCUCCUCUGCACACCGAUGGCUAGGCGCGGCAGUGAAACAGGCUGGGCUCCGGGAAUAGCAUGGGCCUGCCUACCAGUCGGGAGCUCAGCAGUUCUCCAAGUGCAGCCGGGAUGGGGAGGCGGAUAUAGAGGCCUCUAACCCAGUACUCCACUUCACUACACCCGGAAGCCUGGAAUGUCCGGAACAGUCUGAGAUUUGGGCAGAGUGUGCUGGGCACUCACCACAGGCCGCGGUGCCUCAGGAACCUGCAAUCCCUCCCUGCUUGCAGAGAUAUCUACAGUCCUCCAGACACAUGGAGGGGCUGAUGCAGGCACCCCAGAUCCGCCCAGCUCCUCCUCUGCACACCGAUGCCUAGGCACGGCAGUGUGAAGAUUAUUUUUGAUCUGAAUUGUUUAAAUAUUACCGGAGUUGUUUCUUUUUGUCAGUUUUUAUGAUUUCAAGAAUUUCAGGCUUAUGGAUUACAUUUUCUCCUAUGCCCUUUUUUCCUAGGCUUGUUUGGAUUGGGAUAGAAGUUUGAGAUUACAUUUUGCUAUAUCAAUUUGUCAUUUUUGUAUGUUUCUGGGUUUUGAGCUAUGUUCCAAAGCUUCCCCUAUGUGCUAGGAAUGACCUGGCCCAAUUUUGUCUCCAGGUCAGACUGCAGGCAACUGCUAGCUGCCUGGAGGUCAAUGAGCAUGGCCCAGUUAGGACACAAGGGACCUCACAUACAUCCUCUUGUAAUUUGGGAUUCUAGGUAUGUCUUACCAGUUGGCAAAAAAAUUCCAAAGCUUCUUCCACACACUGGGAAUGAACUCACACAUGUUUGGCUCCUGGAAUCUGCAAAGAAAAUAUCUUAAAAAUGCAAAUAAACCAUAAAAGAUCCAUCCAACAACUGCAAGAUUAAGCAAUGGAGGAUAUACAAUUUAUUGAAAUCAGUAAAAAUGAUGGUCAGAGAACAAAAGUCAUAAAAGUCUUCUUCAAGGAUAUACUCAACAUGGCUCAAUAAAGGACUCAUGUUGAAGAUUCUCAGUUUAAAUCAACUGAAAACAUGGACAAUUAGGAGAAAUGGAGAGAUAUAUACAUUCUCACUAAAAUUAAUCUGAAAUAAGGGGCUUGUAGUUAAACAUAUUUAUAUAUAGACAAGUCCUCAGGUUGCUGGCAAGAUUUUGAUCAGUCCCAGAGCAGCCACUGCCAGGAAGUCUCUCCCCUCAGAACUAGAGAGAUGACAAGGAUAUGAAAAACUCACUCAGUGUAGCAUACACCUAGAAUAAAAUGCUCAUCAGCACUUUUAAUUUCCUGAAAAUAGGGGACAUUAACACAUCAAAACAAAUUUCACUGGCAAAUAUAGAGGUAAGUGACAGCUCCUUCCACAAUAGGCUGACAAUUUAUUCUUUUCUUUCCUCUACUUUUUGUUUACAUUCUUUUUCAAGCAACAUAACCAGUAAUGGAAUCUUCCUCUGUCAAAAGAGGGACCAUGAAUGGCAUUAAGGAUUGGUUUUGAAGCACGCAACUACUCCUACUCUACCACUGGUGCAAGAAAACAAGAACCAUACCAUGUCAAUUGGGACAACUACUUCCAUUCUAUGUGACCAGUAACCAGAAACACAAGCACACCUGAGGUGGGAAGUCAGGAACUCCCUCCAACUUGUGACUCACAGAAUAAGGAAAAGGUACUUCUCCACCCUACAGUAAACAUCACAAGCACUCAUGGGCCAAGAGGCCAGCACUCCCUCUUACUUUUGACAAACAGGAUCUGAAAACCACACAUAGUGUCAGAAAAGGGAGCAUUAUAGAAUAGAACAGGCUGUGUAAACUCUAGGAGAUGUCAAUUGCACCACGACUAAGAGCAAUUUUGGGAUGAAUCUUUCUCUGGAUUUCACAGCAAACAAGAGACUAAUGCAGAGGUAAAUAGGAUAAGGAGUGGUAGGCAGGUUGAAUAGACUGCUGCUGGCAAUAGACUGGUCAGAUCACCCAUAUCUGGAGGACAACAACAAACCCAUGUUUAAUGCAAAAUCAAUCUCUUACAAAAUUAACACAACACUGAUUGGAACAAUACCACAGAAUAGUGGACACCAGAGGAAUUUUAGUUCUUCUUUUGUGUGUAUAGGCUUUAAAUAUAAUGCCCAUUUCUGCCUGUAUUUUUCUGCAAAUGAUGAUAUUACAGCCUGACAAUAAAUUUUUCUGGCAAAUA